GUUCGCAGUUAUUGUAAUUAACAAAUAGCAACGUUAUGUGUUUGUUUUUUGCCGUUUUGAUAACAUUCUUCGUCGUAGUACGUGGUGAUUCUGCAUGUUCCGUGGAGUACGACACUAGUCUUGCAAAGCCUAAACUCUCAUUUGAACUGGACUGGGAUCUUCCUAUUGGUCGUCCGGGAAGACCUGGUAAGCGAGGUGCAACAGGGCCCAUAGGGCCAAAAGGUGCCCCGGGACCAGUGGGUCCGAAAGGGGGAAUCGGAGCAAAGGGUGAGAGGGGACUUCAAGGACCUAUUGGCCCCAUUGGAUUGACAGGUGAUCGUGGCCCAAAAGGAGAAGUUCCCCAAGAAGUAAUUACGAGAUUUGAGGAACGAAUAAAGGAAUUAGAGGAUAAAUUUCAGCUACUCGAUGACGGUUGGGUUACAAUUGGAGGAAAAUACAGAUAUUUAUUUGGAGAUUCAGUUCUCAAUUGGCAAGCAGCAAAGUCUUUUUGUGAGUCGAAAAGUUCCAGACUAGCUGCAAAAGGAAUGCGAGAUACGCAGGUUCGAAAGCAAAUUAUAGAAUUAGUUCGGAACAAACUCGGACGAUAUUGGAUUGGACUGAAUGAUAUACAACAAGAAGGAAGAUAUGUUUAUUCGGACGGAGUUGUUGCUUCAAGCUCCAACACGCAGUUUAUUUCGGGAGAACCAAAUCAUUCUGGAGAUUGCUUGACAAUUCAAACUGGUAACGUCGGUGUUGAUGAUACACCAUGUACCACUGCAUAUCCUGCUUUGUGCGAAAAAGAUAUUUUUAUUGUAAUAAAAAAUAGCAACAUUAUGUAUUUGUUUGUUGCCGUUUUGAUAACAUUUUGCGCUGUAGUGCAUGGUGAUUCUGCGUGUUCGGUGGAGUACGACACUACUCUUGCAAAGCCUAAACUCUCAUUUGAACUCGAUUGGGAUCUUCCUAUUGGUCGUCCGGGAAGACCUGGUAAGCGAGUUGCAACAGGGCCCAUAGGGCCAAAAGGUGCCCCGGGACCAGUGGGUCCGAAAGGGGGAAUUGGAACAAAGGGUGAGAGAGGCCUUCGGGGACCUAUUGGCCCUAUUGGAUUGCCAGGUGAUCGUGGCCCAAAAGGAGAGGUUCCCCAAGAAGUAAUUACGACGUUUGAGGAACGAAUAAAGGAAUUAGAGGAUAAAUUUCAGCUACUUGAUGACGGUUGGGUUACAACUGGAGGAAAAUACAGAUAUUUGUUUGGAGAUUCAGUAAUCAAUUGGGAAGCAGCGAAGUCUUUUUGUGAGGCGAAAAGUUCUAGACUAGCUGCAAAAGGAAUGCGUGAUACGCAGGUUCGAAAGCAAAUUAUAGAAUUGGUUCGGAACAAACUCGGACGAUAUUGGAUUGGACUGAAUGAUAUACAACAAGAAGGAAGAUAUGUUUAUUCGGACGGAGUUAUUGCUUCAAACUCCAACACUCAGUUUAUUUCGGGAGAACCAAAUCAUUCUGGAGAUUGCUUGUCAUUUCAAACUACUCAUAAUAGAGUCGGCGUUGAUGAUGUACCGUGUACUGCUACAUAUCCUGCUUUCAACAUUAUGUAUUUGUUUCUUGCCGUUUUGAUACCAUUCUGCGCCGUAGUGCAUGGUGAUUCUGCGUGUUUGGUGGAGUACGACACUACUCUUGCAAAGCCUAAACUCUCAUUUGAACUCGACUGGGAUCUUCCUAUUGGUCGUCCGGGAAGACCUGGUAAGCGAGGUGCAACAGGGCCCAUAGGGCCGAAAGGUGCCCCGGGACCAGUGGGUCCGAAAGGGGGAAUCGGAGCAAAGGGUGAGAGGGGACUUCGAGGACCUAUUGGACCCAUUGGAUUGACAGGUGAUCGUGGCCCAAAAGGAGAAGUUCCCCAAGAAGUAAUUACGAGAUUUGAGGAACGAAUAAAGGAAUUAGAGGUUAAAUUUCAGCUACUCGAUGACGGUUGGGUUACGAUUGGAGGAAAAUACAGAUAUUUAUUUGGAGAUUCAGUUCUCAAUUGGCAAGCAGCAAAGUCGUUUUGUCAGUCGAAAAGUUCUAAACUAGCUGCAAAGGGAAUGCGAGAUACGCGGGUUCGAAAGCAAAUUAUAGAAUUGGUUCGGAACAAACUCGGACGAUAUUGGAUUGGACUGAAUGAUAUACAACAAGAAGGAAGAUAUGUUUAUUCGGACGGAGUUGUUGCUUCAAGCUUCAACACGCAGUUUAUCUCGGGAGAACCGAAUCAUUCUGGAGAUUGCUUGUCAAUUCAAACUACUCAUAAUAAAGUCGGUGUUGACGAUACAUCAUGUACCGUCACAUAUCCUGCUCUGUGCGAAAAAGAUAUUUUUUAAAAACUGAAAACAUUAUUUUACAUGUCGAAUUUGGACUUCUCUAUUGGUUGUUGAGGUCUUUUUUUUAUCCAGGUAAUUCCACAUACAUGUAUUGAGAAAGUGGUCUUAAAAUAAAUAGAGAUAAAAAAAA